CUAAUAUAUAAUAUCAAGAUGGAUUUCACCGGGAAUGUGAAGAAUCCUUUCCUCUUUGAUGACCCAGCACCACCUGCUGACGUAGGUGAUGCAGCAGCAAAUCCUUUCCUUAAUGGUGGCCCCUUCGACUACUCAGCCACCUCAUAUACAGGAAUUAACCCCUUCAGUGACCAGAUUGAUGAUUCUAAUGCUGCUGCUGCUGGGCUCUUUGGGGACCCAAUGUCUUAUCCUACCGACAUGAAUCCAUUCGGAACAAUUCCAGAUGUCUCACAGCCAUUUGGUGCAGUGGAACCGCAACCACAAGCAGAGCUCUUUGGGGGGCCAGUGCCAUCCAUGAACCAAGUGUCAGGCGAUCUUUUUGGUGAGCCUAUAGUUCCAACCACUGCUCCGGCAGUGCCUCACCAUGCAUCGGCACCUCCACCUGUGCCCCCAGCCCCCCAUCAUCCGCCAGUUCCACCACAUCCCUCGGUUCCUCCUGCAAGACCACAACCACCAGCUUCAGUCGCUUCACCUGUUAUUGACCUUAUGAGUGAUGGUCCAGUGAUGGAGGAACCUCAUGCAGCACCAGGAAGACCUCCGCCUCCCAGACCACCUCCCCCAUCAAAGGAAACAAAGGACCUUUUGCAGACGGUCAUAGGAGCCAUGGAAGCUACAACAGACACAUUGCAUGAAAAACUAAAUACAACAAGAACACCGUGUCCUUCUCCAGGGAGUGCUGUUGCUAAUUCUCCAAGUCCUACACCUGAUAUACAAGUCACAGAACCUGAGAAGGAACCAGACUCAUUUAGCGCAAUAUUUGGUCAGACCAUUGAUGAGAGUGACCAUGAGAUGGAGGAACCCAAGACCAUGGUUGAUACAGCACCAGCACAGGAAACAACCAUUACAUCAGAGGACAUUGAUCUCUUUGGGGAUAUGCCAUCUCAAAAGCCUAAAACGAAACAGGAUAUUCUAAGUCUAUUCAAUAAACCACAGGCUCAAACAACAUCACAGGUUGAUUUGUUGUCAGGCGACCUUUUGACUGAGGGCAUUACUGCAGAGGAUGGCGAAACUACCACACAAGUGAAACCUGCAGAAGGACCUCAGUAGAAAACACAAGAUGCUCAACCUAUUGACCUAUUAGCAGGAGACGAGAUUAGCGAAACAACUGCUCCACCUGUCAUUACUGCUGUAAGUAAGGAAGCUGUUCCCAGUGAAACAGCAGCGGGAACUACCCAUAUAGAAACUCAGAGUGACACAGUAGUCAUCGAGGAGUCUGUGUCUCCCGAACAGAUGAGUGAACAGACUGACAGUGAACCGACUGUUAUUGAAACCAACUUGCAAGGAGCCACUGAAGAGGCUAACAAGAUGUCUAUCCUUGAAGGUGAGGCUCAGGAUUCUGCUUCCAUGAACGAAGAAAAGGUCGAAGAGGUGUUUGGAUCACCUGAGCCCAUCCCUCCUGCGAUAAACAGCAUCCAAAUAGAGCCAUCAGAACUACCCAGUAAAACAGAUUCUUCAGAAACACCAAGUCAAGGAGACAUUUCCACUGAAGCUGGAAAGGAACUACAAAUGGAAGAUGAAAUUAACCAGGGUAAAGCAGAAGUAGAUGAGGUAAUUGGAAUUCCAUCAUCCACAGCAGAACAAAAAGAUGCGUUUGGGGAUGUCAAUGCCCUAGAUGCCUUCAGUGCUCCCCCUGAAGCAGACCAAGGGGCUGCCCUCUUUGGAGAUGCUACGAGUACCUUCCCCAGUUCUGGCGAUGCACUGUUUGGCGACUCUCAGUGUUCCUCCGGCUUCUCCAGCAGCCAGUCUCUUUGGCGAUGUCUCACAAACAGUCCGCCAGCAUCCCCUGCUGCCAGUCUCUUUGGUGAUGUGUCUGCUGUACCUCCUGCAUCUCCAGCCACCAGUCUCUUUGGUGAUGUGUCUGCUGUACCUCCUGCAUCUCCAGCCACCAGUCUCUUUGGUGAUGUGCCUCACUCAGUACCGCCAGGCUCGCCAGCUGCUGACCUUUUCGGAGAUGCCCCUAAGGCUGUGCCUCCUCCUUCCCCUGCAAUGGGAUUGUUUGGGGAUGUCCCAGCCAAUGGUACAGGAUCUUCAGGCUUUGACAUCUUUGAUGGCGAAUCAGCCAAAGUUGUGCCGGCGCCUUCAGGAGCAGACUCGACAGGUGCGGCUCUCUUCGGGACGGCAACUCCUGCGCCUAAUGUUGGCAUGAGCCUCUUCGGGGCUGGCAACGAACCGACUCUAGACAUCUUCGCAGAGAGUGAGGGCAACACAAUGGUCAACCCCUUCGCUCCCGCCCCUGCUGCACCUACGGCUGCUCCAGCAGUGCCAGCAACAGGUGUGAAAGUUGCAACCGACGAAGAAUUCGACGCCUUUUCAGCAAGAUUUGACAAGGUCGCUGUAGACGAGUCAGAUGAGCUUCACGUUGAUCCGUUCGCCACCACGGUGCGAGCCGCUUCCCCAUGGGGAGACACGGGCGAGUCGGGCGGCGCGGCGGCGGAAGGGUUCGGCUUCGGGGACUCCGGCGGCUUCGACUCGUUCCUGGCCAUGAACGAGCCGCCUCCGGUCCCGCAGUCGACGCCGCGCAGAGCUGCUCGCCAGACCUCCGGCGAUUCUGACGACGAGCCGAUGACCGUCGUGAUAAAGCCGGCUGCCCUGGACGCGGGCGCAGUCUCUCCGAGGGGCGUCUCACCCGUGCCCGUCCUCGCAAUGUGGGAGAUGCACCUUCGUCAGCCCAACAAGAAGAAGAUCACGGGACAGAGGUUCUGGAAGAAGGUGUUUGUGAAGCUCACCGAGAACGGGUGUUUGCAACUUUUCAAUAACAAGGACGACAAAGACCCAUUCCAGGAACUCCCUCUUCAGGCCUGCUACUCCGUGUCUGAUAUUGGCGCUCAGCAGUUCGACCAAUUCGGCAAGAUCUUCACGGUGAAGGUGCAGUACAUCUUCUACAAGGAACGACCCGGAGUACGACCAGGGCAGCUCUCGAAGGCCGAGCGUCUCACCACCAAGCUCUCGAAGUUCGCCCAGCACGCCAUCGCGGGAGACUACGAACACGUCAAGGAGUUCGCCAGCGACGUCAGGAAACUUGGCAUGCCGGUGGAACACGCGCCGCAGAUAUCGCAGCUGCUGAAGCUCGGAACGCAGACCUAUGAGGACCUUAAGCUUUUCUCCAGUCUUGUCGAAGAACAGUUGUUCAAGCUCACUGUUCACCGCGACCGCGCCCUCAACUACAAGAGCGAGGAGGUUCAGCUGACGGCCGUCGACGAAAUAUACGUCGAGCAAGACGCCUGCAAUGUGGUCCAUCGCAUGAUCGCCCGCGUCAGGAUCUUCUUCCUCGGAUUCCUGUCAGGAAUGCCUGAGGUGGACCUUGGGAUCAACGACAUGAGGAAGCAAGGCAAGGAGGUGGUGGGUCGCCAUGACAUCAUCCCAGUCAUCACCGAGGAGUGGAUUCGACUCGAGGCGGUGGAGUUCCACUGCUGCGUGGACUCGGAGGAGUUCGAGGCGUCCAAACACAUCAAAUUCAAACCUCCCGACGCCUGCUACAUCGAACUCAUGCGGUUCCGAGUUCGGCCUCCGAAGAACCGAGAAUUGCCGCUGCAAGUCAAGACCAAAGUGACUAUCCAAGGGCGCCGCGUCGAGAUCAACAGCGAGAUCCUGGUGCCUGGUUUCUCCGGCAGGAAGCUAGGACAGGUACCUUGCGAAGACGUGAUGGUUCGGUUCCCGCUUCCCGAGUGCUGGAAACGGGCAAGGUCAAGGGCAUCGAGCGCCUGAAGGGGGCGGUCGACCAGCCGGAGGCGGCACUGAUGGAGGUCACGUCAGGUCAGGCCAAGUACGAGCACCAGCACCGAGCCAUCGUGUGGCGAAUGUCCCGUCUGCCGAAGGAGGGCCAGGGCGCCUACACCACCCACGCGUUCAGCUGCCGCAUGGUCCUCACGCCCUACGACCAGAUGCCCGAGUCCCUCGACAAGUACUGCUACGUUGAGUUCACCAUGCCCGCCACCACCGUCAGCCACUGCGUCAUGCGCUCGGUGUCCAUCACGAGCGAGGAGCCGCCCGAGAAGUACGUGCGCUACCUGGCCCGCCACGAGUACCGGGUCGAGAUGGAGUUCUCGUCGGGGACGGGCCCCAACGAGUACGUGGCCGCCACCAUGAAGGACGCGGAGCAGCUGGCCAAGGAGGAGGCCGCGCGCAGGAACAAUGACUCCAGCAGCGACGACUCCUCUUAACAGACAGCAGGCCAUGAGUCGACUUCCUGAAGGGGGCGCGGAGGCCCCGGCGCCUCCCGCCGCCCCCGCGUCUGCCCCAAAGACAAGCCGGAGCCAGUCAGGGUGUUUCCCAGUGCGAGCGAAAGACGCUUUCUCGCGACUGUCGCUCGUCGCGCUGUGUUGAACAUUUCUUAAAGUAAUUUCGAAAAACCAACAAGAAUGUAAAGACAGUUAUGAUGACUGCAUUCUACUUAAUGGUGCUCGUAUCAAAUGGUACAUAAUAAGCAUCACAUGCUAGUCUAAAGACGAUUUAGUAUAAUUAUGAAAGGUAUGAGUGC